AUGGAUGAACCUCCUGAGUACAGCCACCCGAUGACUGGGGGAAUUUCCGAGGAUAUGGGAUUUCUGUUUGGCACGCGCUGGAUCCCUGUCGAGGAGGUCGUGGGUUGGGCAAUGCAACAUCAUGACAUGGGAUGGCUCUCCACCAUUGACCUCAUUCAGACAGCGGCUGCCUUAUACGGUGCACAAAUUGGGGAGAACGGCGUCUUCAUGGGACGAGAUGAAGUACCUCAUCGACAACCACGAGAAACCAUUGCCCAAGCCAGACGGUGGAAAGAAUGGGGACCCCAGGCGAGGAACACUACAGCCGGGGUGAAUUCUGGAACCACAGCGGCAUCUUCGUCCUCGUCAAGCUCCUCUCAUCCAGGGCACCCUUCAGCUUCAGCCGGGGUGAUACCUGGUAAUGCGGUUUCAACUUCGGCUUCGAGCUCGUCGCAGGGACAUUAUGGUACAUCGUCGGCAAGCUUGUCGAUGAAGGGCUUCUACAGGCAUGGACAAUUCGUGCCACGAGACCGUACGGCAGAGGAGCAACGGCGCCAUGCUGGUGGUCAAGGACCAGCCCGUAUGGCCCGAAGGCAGGCCCGCUUGGAAGCAUGGACGACAGGACAAUGGAUACCAGCUUGGCUGAGAGACUAUCAGGUAGCCAAGCAAGCCCGGGACCAGGAACGCCGACAAGGACAUUACAAAGAUGAGCAGGUCGAGGAGAAGCAGGCGGAGAAGAAAGAGAACCAGGAAGACAUGGACAACGAGGGUGACAAUACAGAACUUCUUCAACAUCCACGCGGGGGUGAACAUGGAGUUGGACAACUAUGGCGACCUUUAGGGCCUCCUGUACAACAAAAUUGGAGGACAUUUACAGACACGGAGUUUGACGAGGUGAACUUCAUGAUGCGGCCUGGACUGAAGGGAGAGGAGAAAGCCCUUCUGCAACAAGAGGGUGUUGCUGCGGAACAUGUGGCUGAGAUGGAGUUCUUCUUUCGGGAAUAUGAAAGCUAUGUGGGAAAUGACCUAGGAGCUGAAGCGCGAUGGGCACUUGGAGUUUGGCUUUUACAAAGUCAGGAGGGUGCAGGAGUACAAGACAAUAGCGAAGCUGGUGGAUCGGGCUCAGACACACACGUCUUGCCCCCUUCGCAGAGAACCACAAGAUCAAAGAUUAAGGGAGGAGCUACUUAG